CAUACUUACUGAUGAGUCAACUGGAGGACCAAAGACUUUAUUUCCAUGAGAAAACUACUCAAAUUGAAAAAGCAGCCGCAGAACAGGUGAGUUCUGCGGCCGAGAGCUUGAAGAAGGCAUUAAAUAAAUGGAAAAAGUUGGACGGGAAACUCUCUGAAGCCCAGAAAGAAAGGCAAAAUGUGGACAAAAAGUAUGCGCAGAUGGUUAUUACGGCCGAGAAGCUUCAGAUUGAUCUAACAGAAGUGCAGGAGGCAAACAAGUCUUUGAAAGAAAAUCAAGAGUUAAUGGAAGAAAAGGUGAAGAAAAUGGAAGAAAAGUUGCUACAAGUAACGGCUCAGAGACAGGAACUGCACAGUCUUCUUGAACAAAUAGCAGACGCAAAGCGUCGACUGGAGACGCAAUCGUGAGGAGUUGCAAGGUGGUCAAAUUGUAGUGGGCGAGGGAUCGUCUUCCACCUGCCAAUCACAGAGGACUCCACAGAAAAAGUAAACGUGUGGAGUUACCGAAGUGACACCAGUGACACCACCUGCGGAGGUCACGCCACUUCAGAGGGAGUCUGCGCCAGGCGUUGUCAACCGAUAAGCCGAUAAUUGAUAACA